AUGGGAAUAUCACUGGUUGCAAUACUUCUUUUAACAAACUCUUCAUAUACUAGGCCUCAAUUUGUUUUUCAUUACCCAAAUAUUCCGAAGAGACACGGCGAAUUUGAUGAAUUAGCUCGAAAAUUCGAUGAUUCUGAUGAGGAAUUCGGAGAUUUGAUUGAAAAUGAUGUUAUGACUUGGCCAAAUGAGAUAGAUAACAGUUCUUUUAAAUCACAUUCAUUUAAAUUAAAUUCACAUAAAUCAGGUCUUCAUGAUACUAUAGAAGAUUUGAAAUCAGCAGGCGAUAGUAAUGGAAAAGACAUUGAACCUAAGGAUUCUUUUAAUAAAUUGUUCGGAUUUGAAAAAAUAAUUCUUGCAAACAUUCUUUGUCCUAAAACCAACAGUUCUAAAUUUCAACUUUCGAUUGAUAAUUUGACCCUUGUUGGACAACCAGUAUUUCUUGAAAGACAAAAUACAUGUAUGGAUACAAAGCAAAGGGAGGAAUUAGAUAAUCCUACAAAUUUUGACGAAGACGAAGAACAGGUCGAUAAUAUUUAUAAGCAUAUUAUUACGAAAUUAACUGCAGCUUUGGAAUACGAACAACGACGAAGUAAUUAUGUUAGGAAAGAAGCUGACUUAAUUUUAUCUUUAAGAGAAAAUAUGGGAAAAACUUCUAUGGAUGAAUUAAUGGAACUUAUAUUGGAGAAAAGUACAUUAGCUAAUACUAUUCGUCAAGUUUAUGAUUCAAUAUCAACUGAUAGUAUAGCUCAUGUAUUGGUCAAUGAUUAUAUUGACCUUUCUUUGCAAAUUCCUCCACUCUCUCCUACUAUGUUUUUUACUCCUAAAAAUGAUGUGGCCGGUUAUGAAUAUGCGCAUUAUCCAGUAAUAGCUCCAUAUCAUACUUUAUUAUUACUUGAAGAUCCAGAAGAGAUUUUAAAGAAUAUUCCAUUAGAUGCAAAUCCAACACUCGUUCAGUUGGUACAAAUAUUGACACCUACACAGCGUUUAGCAGAUUUAUGUUCAGUGUUGGAUUGUUCUCUGGCUCAAAUAUUCAGAAUUGCUGCUCACUUAAUUUAUUGGAGAAAAGCAAAGAUUAUCGAUGUAAUUAGUGUACGAAACACGUACGUCGUUUCACCUACAGCAGAUAUGAAUUCUUUACAAACUCAUAUUGAAUAUUUCAAUCAACAUUUCCCAGAGGCUCUUGAUCUUGUUACUAUUCUUGCCUCACUUUCUACUCCUAGACCAUAUUUUAUUAGUACUGAUGUUUUCAAAGAUCAUCGUACUAUGUAUCUCGAGGCCAUGACUUAUUUGUUAAGAAAAGAUCUUGUCAUACAAUUACAUGCAUAUAUAUUCUUCAUGAUACCACAACAUAUUAAGAUGGGUGAAGAACAUCCUUCAAAUGUAGAUACUAACAAUGGUGUAAUGGAUACUUCUUUAAUUUCGCCUUAUGAUAAAGCAUCAGACGUCGAAAGGUUAUGGUUGAAUAAAUUUGUGGAAAGUCGAAGUAAAGAUCAAACUAAUGAAUUUAAAGUCAUGUUUAAAAGAACACCACCACCACUUCCACCUUUACCUAAAACUUCUUUAACACCAAAACAAAAUGCCAUAUCAGAAGAAUAUCCUGUUUUACUUACAAAAAGUAAAGAAGAAUUAGAAGACCUCCUUAACAAUGAUAUAGUUUUUGAAUCAUUCCUAGAAACUGUGGAACCAUUAAGGGGAAUGAAUGCAUUACAGAAUGAAGUGUUGUUAAAUAAUAAAGUACAUGCAGAAAAAACUUUGUCACAAGAACAAGAAUUAAUCCAAUUGCAACAAAAGGUGGAAGCAAAAGAAAAAGAACUUAAAGAACUUUAUUCCACUUUACAAGAAAAAAAUAAAGUUCAACAUGAAACACUACAGAGAUUUUCUUCUUCUGUUCUUUUGGCAAAACUCAAAUCUGAAGUUCAUCAAUCUGAUGAAUUAUCAGAACAAAUGGCUUCAUCAUUUUUAAUGGGUGAUUUAGAAUGUGAUCAAUUUUUAAAACAUUUUAAAGAAAUAAGAAAAGUAUAUCAUAUGAGAAAUGCAAAAGUUGAAAGAGUUAGUAAAAAACCAGAAAUAUUAGGUUUAGACCAACUCGUUUACGUAUUCGUUGAUAAUUCUAAUGUUUUAAUUGAAGGAAAAUAUGCAGUUGCCGAACUCAAGAAUCUGAGUACAUUUGACAAAAAAAGAGAUUCCCUAUGCUUUAACCAGUUUCGUAUUGAUCAUGGUCACCUCCUUGCAACGAUCCAAGACGAUCGUAAACUGGGUGAUGAUCCGGUAAUUGUUGGGUUACGUCCACCACCUGAUGAUUCACUUUGGAGGCAUGUUCGGGAGCAGGGGAACAGUGUAAUGAUAUUUGAUCGAAACUUUGAAAAUCGUGAAAAGAAAGAUAAUAUAACACUAGGGCAUGCUAUUGAUGAAAUAAUUUUCACUAAAAAUCCUAGUACAUUGGCGAUAAUCUCUGGAGGUAGUGAUUUUGAACCAAUAGUAGAAACUGCCAUCAAACGUAAUUGGAUAGUUGAAACAUGGUUCUGGAAUAUGGACAAUUACUAUAAGUCCUUCGCGUAUGGUUUUGGAUCUGACAUCACAAGGAGCAAUCGAAUUCUUGAGGUUACUGGUCAUACAUUUCAUAAUUGGGGAAUUCUAUAUUUAAUUUCAUUCCGUAAAGAAUAUACGAAUCCUAUUAAUCAAUUACCUCCUUCUUUAAUACAAGAAUCAUGGUUACAAGGCACAAAGUAUUAA